GCAAGCGCGGAGUAUUUUCAGGAUUUUAACCAAUCACAGAUCAAGUCUAGCGAUUCUUUUGGGAUUAUAUUGAAACUCGAACAUCGAGCCUUCGACCAGGGUAUAGCCCGUGUAGGCUGGAAUAGUUUUUCUCAUCAGCUAGUCGAGACCCAACCAAAAAGUCAACUGUUCCGGCGACCGUUGAGGCGAAAUGUCAAAAGCUCACAGUCCUACUCGAUUCAAUGGCGAAGCAGAUAGCUUCUAUGACUCUAAUUUUACCUUAGACAUAAACAAUCGAAUGAGGGUUCCCAAAAGUAUAAGAGUCAGUGAAGAUUUUACAGAUGAGACUGUUAGUGGCACAAAUGGGUCAUCUUGGCACCAGAAACUUGCCGAUGAAAAAUUUGAAAUGAAUGUACCAGAUAGAAUCCUUGUCGCAGGGCAAGGUCAACACGUAGCAACUAAAGCACCACCCAGAGAAAUCAUUCUUGAAAAUUCCAUCAUGCCACCGGAACCGGGAAUGGUCAGAGUACAGACACCACCGCGUGUUCUGACGCUGGAUGACCACUUUUUUCCAGCAGUCGACGAGGAGGAUCUAACUGAAUUUGCAGACCAAAGAGUUGAUCCACGAUCCACAGUACCUAGAUCACAUGUUCGAUAUGACGCCCAAUCCCAAUCUCAGAUUGUUAGACAUGCUAGGGAAGAAACUCCAUCAUUCAACGCCUUGGAUGUAUCUUUACCACCAUCGGAAGAGAUCCAACAUCUGCGUCGGCAAGUUGCAAGGUUGACACGGCGGAUUUUGGCUGUUGAAGUAGAGGCACAGCAGCGCCAACAGCGUGAUAAAAUACUGUACGCAGCAGCAGUUGCAUGUUUUUUUCUAAAAACCUUUUUCUGGCUAACUAGAAACUAAGUUUUAGGAAAUAAGAGACGAUCUAGAAUAGGUCUAGAGUCGAGGCAUGACCUGGCGUCUAUUCCCAGUGUCCAAAUCAUGCGCCUCUCACCUAAAGCGAUGCAGACCAGAGAUUUCCAAUGGUUUGAAUGUACACAACUUUGUAGUAUAAGCAACAAAGAUGUGGAUCAAAUUAGCACAUCGCCUGAACCGAAUACCUUCAGACUGUGAAUUGUUGUUUGAAAGUAAUUAUACUUGCAGUUUUCGUCAAAUUGGAUGAGUAUUCAUGAGACCAAACUCACAUCCACCAUUUCGAGUGUCGAUUCUUUGUACCAGUGGCGCAGCUUGGCGUAUUAAAAAUCGAUCAAAAAUUAUCAGCACGAGAUUCUUAAAGCAUAAUUCAUCAGGAUUUGUGAUGAAAUGAUCGAUUAAACAGUCGUGUGAUUCUGGCUAAUCAGAUUGUAUUUACAUCGUACAUGUUAUCUAUAUCUAUGUACAACUUAGCUAUCCCUGACAGUCAUACAAACUCGUGUGCGCAAUUUCAGCUGAAAUUAAUCAAAAAGUCCACGAAUUGUUUUAUUCUAUGCUGGAGUAUGUUCAGCUGUAGUAAUUACUGUCACACUUAUACCUGUACCUCGAUUCUUGUAACGUGAUUCGAUUUCACAGUGAUUAAAAUUUCAACGUUUCCAUUC